UGUUAGUUUAUUCUCCAAAAACUAGUGUGUCCGUGUAGGAUGACUGAAACUGAACCUAACCUUAGUUUCUCAAAAUCAUAACAAAACAAACAACAAAUAAUUCAAAACAAAGCUAUAAAAACAAUAGUGAAAACAACGCAAAUCCUAGGCAAACUAAGAUUAUUACACUUCCAAACAAAAAUCAUGAAAAGAAAAGCAGAAGACUCUCACGGCGCCAAACCAGUUCCCUUCUGGGCUAUGGGCCUUUUGAAAACAAUGAAAGACCCUAAAUACAUUCUCAAUUCAGACAAUCAAAUAACCAUAAUAAAAGACAUGUAUCCCAAAGCACGCCAUCACUUCUUAGUGCUCCCCAACACGGACAUUGGCAGCCUUAAAACACUUACCAAAGAUCACGUACCUCUUUUACAACACAUGAUAAAGUUUGGCCAAAAUUAUGUCGAAGAGCACCAUCAAAGCGUAGCUUUUAAAUUUGGUUAUCAUGCAGAAGCGAGCAUGUUUCGUCUUCAUUUACACAUUAUAAGCGAAGACAUGGAUUCCCUAGCUUUGAAGACCAAGAAACACUGGAACAGCUUUACUACUGAGUUUUUUUUGAAUCCACAGCAAAUUAUAACGGAUUUAAGGGAAAAUGGUCAGGUGCAGUUACCAACAAAGGAAAAGUGCAAAGAGUAUAUGGAUAUGCCUUUAAAGUGCCACAAGUGUGAAUUAAAACCUAAGAAUAUGCCUGAAUUGAAGAGACAUUUGUUGACACAUUUAGUUUAGUAUUAUAGUAGGUAUUCAUUUCUUGAAAAAAUAUAAGUAUGUACAAUUUUUUUUUUUUUUGAAUUGUUCAGGUGUUUUCCUUGUCCCUGGUGCAUUUGAAGUCAGCCUUCGGUAAAAUAUUUAUUCACAUUCUCAAUGUUGAUUUCAUACUGUUCAAUAACAUACUGUAGUCCAUAUCAAACACUAAUUUUUUCCCAAUGAUCCUUUUCUCACAAACUGAUUAAUACCUUUUUGUACUUUUUGAAGCAACUAUCGC